AUGUCUCUCUGGGGUACUCUCACAGGCCAAAAGUCAUCCUCUUCAUCCUCUAGCUCUUCAUCCUCUCACGACCCAUCCUCAUCUGCAUUACCAUCAUCGAGUGCCCCCUACCAACCCACCGCUUUCGAUCCCGCCUCGGCUCAGGAUGUCUCCUCAUUUCUCGAUCCUGCUGCACUCCCAGACCCAUCUCGACUUCACCCUCUCGCCGGCCUGAAUCAAGAUACCCUAGACUACCUGACACUCGACGAAUCCGCCCUCUCCGACCUCCCUGGCUCCCAAUCAGCACUACCCUCUCGCGGUUGGUCCGACGACCUCUGCUAUGGUACUGGCGUGACAUAUCUCUCCGCUCUCACGCUGGGCGGAACAUGGGGCAUGAUAGAGGGACUUCGAAAAUCUCCAGCCUCAGCACCCCCAAAACUGAAGCUGAAUAGUGUAUUGAAUAGUAUGACGAGAAGGGGGCCUUUCUUGGGAAAUAGCGCGGGGGUGAUUGCUAUGGUCUACAACGGGAUAAAUUCGACGAUUGGAUAUUACAGGGGGAGGCAUGAUAGUGCCAAUAGUAUCAUGGCAGGGGCUUUGAGCGGGAUGCUGUUCAAGAGUACGGGAGGGGUAAGGCCGAUGAUGAUUAGUGGAGGGCUGGUUGCUUCAGCGGCUGGAGUGUGGGCGCUGACAAGGAAGACGAUUUUUUGA